AGACCUAGGAAGGCAGGCAGGCAGGCAGGCAGAUACAGUAUGUGGGGUAAGUAAGGUGGAGAUUCUUCCAGUCGAGACCCAGACCUGAGAAGGAAGGAAAGAGGGUAACUAAGGUGGAAGUUUUCCAGGUUGAGACCCACAGACCUUAGCAGGCAGACAAGAAAGAAAGAAAGAAAGAAAGAAAGAAAGAGGGAAGGAAGGAAGGAAGGAGUGAAUAAGUGGGAUAGUAAAAUGGAGGUUAUCUAAGUCCAGACCCACAGACCUAGGAAGGAAGGAAAGAAGGAAGGAAGGAAGGAAGGAAGGAAAGAAAGAAAGAAAGAAAGAAAGGGGGGCAUUAGUGUGGUGGUAAGGUGGAGGUUCUCCAGGUCGAGACUCAGACCUAGGAAGGAAGGAAGGAAGGAAGGAAGGAAGGAAGGGGCCAUAUAUGGGGUAAAUAAGGUGGAGGUUAUCCAAGACGAGACCCACAGACCUUAGCAGGCAGACAAGAAAGAAAGAAAGAAAGAAAGGGUUGAAUAAGUGGGAUAGUAAGGUGGAGGUUUUCCAGGUUGAGACCCACAGACCUUAGAAGGAAGGGAGAGAAUAAGGGGGCAGUAAGGGGGAAGUUCUCCAGAUCAAGACCUUGAUCAAGGAAGGAAGGAAGGAAAGAAAGAAAGAAAGAAAGAAAGAAAGGGGCAUAUGUGGGACAAGUAAGGUGGAGAUUCUCCAGGUCGAGACAGGAAAGAAAGAAAGAAAGAAAGAAAGGGGUUAAUAAGUGGCAUAGUAAGGUGACACAGAUCAAGGAAGGAAAGAAAGGGGGGAAUAAGUAGGUCAGCAAGGGGAAGGUUCUCCAGGUCCAGACCUUGGAAGGAAGGAAGGAAGGAAGGAAGGAAGGAAGGGGAUUCAGUGGAGGUAAAGUGGAGGUUCUCCAAGUCAAGGAGCUUUCCUCUCAGCCAUGAUUUGUGGCAAAUGGAAAAAGUCCCGCUCGGAAAGCCACCGCCGGGGCCGUCACCGUCACCACCAGCAGCAGCAACAACCAUCACAACAACACCACCACACCAAGAAGAGCACCCAGUCUCUGCCCAGGCUUAUAGGAGCUGUUGCAUCUGCUGCCAAGCUCUCUGGACACCGCUUUAAGAAACUGGGCCUGACAGAUGAUGAAGAUAUUAAAGGAAUGCUGAAAGGGUCAUACUUCUGGAAAGUCAAGUCGCACAGACCGCGGAAGCAAAGGCUGUAUCGUCUAAAGGAAGAUGGGAUGACCGUUUGGUUUGAGACCCGCUUUAAAAAGGCUUACUCCAAACAUGUCUUCUCCAUCCUACACAUUGAAAGUGUACGGGAAGGUUACCAGUCUGAGGGGCUUCGGAAGUAUGGUGGCUGUUUUCCUGAGGAUCAGUGCUUCACUAUUGUCUUCAGGGGCAAGAGGAAAAACCUGGAUCUAGCCGCUAUUAGUGUGUCUGAAGCUCAGCAGUGGGUGCGAGGACUCAAGAAACUGAUGGCCAGAGGUGAAGCCAUGAGCCAGCGAGAAAAGCUCGAGCAUUGGAUUCAUGAUGUCCUGCAUCAGGCUGACAAGAACAAAGACAAUAAGAUGAGCUUCAAAGAGAUCAAGAACAUGUUGCGCAUGAUCAACAUUGACAUGAAUGACAUCUAUGCCUACAGGCUAUUCAAGGAGUGUGACAGAUCUAACAAUGACCGGUUGGAAGAAUAUGAGAUUGAGGAGUUCUGCACACGACUAAUGGAGCGGCCAGAGCUGGAGGAAAUCUUCCAUCGUUACUCAGGAGAGGACUGUGUGCUAUCAGCUGAGGAACUGCGGGAAUUCCUGCAUGACCAGGGUGAAGAAGCAACCAUGCAACGGGCUACGGAUAUUAUCCAAACAUAUGAGCUGAACGAAAGAGCCAGGCAGCACAACCUCAUGAUGUUGGAUGGUUUCAUGAUGUACCUGCUCUCCUCAGCUGGAAACAUUUUUAGCCAGGCACACGCCGAGAUCUACCAGGAUAUGAGCCAGCCGCUGUGCCAUUACUUCAUCUCCUCCUCCCACAACACCUACUUGACUGACAAUCAGAUUGGGGGUGCCAGUAGUACUGAGGCUUAUAUCCGGGCAUUGAUGAAAGGGUGCCGAUGCGUGGAGCUUGAUUGCUGGGAAGGUUCCAAUGGGGAACCCAUCAUCUACCAUGGCCAUACCCUCACUUCCAAGAUCCUUUUCCGGGAUGUAAUUGUAUGCAUCCGGGACUAUGCAUUCAAGCACUCCCCGUAUCCUCUGAUUCUGUCACUGGAAAACCACUGUGGUGUGGAACAGCAAUCCAUAAUGGCCCGCCACAUGAAGACUAUUUUAGGGGACAUGCUCUUGACCCAACCACUGGAUGGAGAUGUACCCAAGCAACUCCCAUCACCAGAGCAGUUAAAGUGGAAGAUAUUGGUGAAGGGGAAGAAGCUGCCAGAUGGCAAGAGUGACCUCGACAGAGUCAACUUAAUCUCCAAUCCUGAGGAAGAAGCCCAGGAGGAAGAUGAUGAUCGGUCUAUAUCUUCUCUCCAAGAGAUCAAACCAUUGCAGGCAAAGGAUGCUAUACAGAUUUCACGGGAACUCUCAGAUGUGGUUGUUUACUGUCGGGCUGUUCCCUUCCAAAGUUUGUCUAGUGCCUUGUGCAACCAGCAGUCCAAUGAGAUGUCAUCUUUCAGUGAGCGGAAAGCGAGGAAACUGAUCAAGGAGUCAGGAAUCCAGUUUGUCCGAUACAAUGCUAGGCACCUCAGCCGCAUCUACCCGCAGGGUCUCAAGGUGAAUUCUUCCAACUAUAACCCUCAGGAAAUGUGGAAUGCUGGCUGCCAGCUUGUGGCACUUAAUUUCCAGACAUCAGGUGCAGAGAUGGAUUUGAAUGAUGGACGCUUUUCUGUGAAUGGCCGUUGUGGCUAUGUGCUAAAACCUGCUUUCCUGCGCAAUAACCAAAGUUCCUUUGAUCCAGAGGCUCCUGGUCGUAGAGCAGGCCAGCGCCCAGUUGCCCUCACCGUCAAGGUGAUUACAGCUCAGCAGCUACCCAAACUGAACAAAGAAAAGAACUCUUCCAUUGUUGACCCCUUUGUGCGCGUCGAGAUCCAUGGAGUUCCUGCAGACUGUGGCAAGAAGCAAACUGAGUACCAGUUAAACAAUGGAUUCAAUCCAUGUUGGAAUGAGACAUUGACAUUCCAAGUACGGGUUCCAGAGCUGGCACUAGUGCGCUUUGUAGUUGAGGAUUAUGACACAACUUCUAGCAAUGACUUUGUGGGACAGUUUACUCUGCCACUGCUCAGCCUAAGGGAAGGCUACCGCCAUAUCCAUCUGCUCUCCAGAGAUGGUGCAUCUCUGUCCCCAGCCACACUUUUUGUGCACGUCAGAUGUAAGAAGAUGUGAACACGAGUCCAAGUCUGUCUCGCCCAUGCCAGAAGAAUAGAUGAGCUGUUGCGCUCAUUUUGAAUACCACCAGUUACUGAACAAGAUGUGUGCAUCUGGGCCACAUGGGAGAAGCUGUGUGACCCAGCCCCAGAAUCAGGUUUGGGACAGGAGCACAGCAGCAACCCUUGUGUGAAGGUUCCUGGUCACCUUAGGACCAGAGAAUUGAAGAAUAUUUGUGCUUUCAUUGAGGAUAAAAAGCCAAACCAUAUAAAUCGACUUCUAGAAUGCCUUUUCUGGAUGCCUUUUGCCUCUGGAGGUUUUGAACCAUCCUUUUUUCCUUGCAAAGGUCUGGAGAUGAGAUGCAGGGUAGAGACAUUGUCCUUUGUUUUACAUUUCUGACUGUCACAUGGCUUUAACAAGAAUAUAGCAAUAGCAAGUACAUUUCUUUAUCGCUUAUCAGUGAAUUAAUAUUCCCUGAGCGAUUUACAAUGUGUAAGCUGGGUUCUCAUUUUACUGACCUACGAAAAGAUGGAGGGACCCUAGAUCCUGCCAGGGAUCAAACUCACAACCUUAUGGCUGUGAGUGACUGCAGUACCAGCAUUUAACCACUGCACCACCAGGGCUAAAAGCAGCUAGUGAAAGAUUAUUAAGCUCUUUUGCACACUACUUAUGCAAGUCCAGAAAAAUGGGACUUUUGAGAAAGAACUGUGAGAAGAAACAGAAGAUUGACAGCUUUUGAUCAAGUCUGGUGGGCAAAUACAGUGUGAAUGUGCUGGGAGAGGACUAGGAAGCAAAGGAGGCAAGCUACAGAUUGAACUGAAGAGUCUGAGCUGGCCCACGUGGGACAACAUUGGUUUGGGAUCUGGCUGGAAUAGCAUAUCAGUUUUGAUAGUAUGUGAGAUUGGAAAUGGAAGCAUCAGUCCUUCUCAGCUGGUAAACCACUUAAAACAGUCCUGAGAUUGCUGUCCUAGCUAUCAGAAAGAAAACCUAAGUUAGCAAAACAGUUUUGUAUCACAUCAUAUUAUUUAAUGCAAAAAGCCUGCAUUCACACCUUAGCUAUAGCAGAAUUAAGUUCUCUAGUAAUUCUGAUGGAGCCAGCUUGUUCUUGUUUUUUUUAAAGGAAAAGUAGACACUAGUUAUCCCAAAGAACAUACCACCUCUUGUAUUAACAAUCCAGUUAAUCCAUUUGUGGGAUUCUGUUUCCUGAAUAUUUGUGAUCAUUUACAGAAUGUAACACAUGUAUUUAUACACAAGGAAAACCUUUGAGUGCUCAAAGAGUUCAUGUACAUCCAUCCCAUCCAUUCUCAUAUCCCUCUGGUGGUAACUAUAUGUUGCAGUUUGUUUAAUUAUUCCAUGCGUUAUGCUACUUCAGGUGUUUUCUUUAGCAUGGACUGUAAGCAGCUCCAGUCCCUAAGGAUAAAAUGGAACUUCCUUUGAUGUAGUUUUUCCCUUGGAUAAAUUGAAAGGGUGUAUUGUAGACUUGAUACGCACAGCCUUUCAGUAUUUUUGUUUGCUUAAAACAUGCACUUUAAAAACAAUGUGGCUGCGGCUGUUUGUGGCCAUUUUUGCAGAUCUGCCUCAUUAUGCAAUUUUGUGCCUUUAGUGCUUUAACAGCACACUCCUGUGUUCACUCAGCAGCAAGAUCUGUUAAGUGGGGCUUACUUCCAAGUACGUGGUUACAUAGGAUUAGGGCCUUAUCGGAGCUGUUUGGCUUUAGCCACUCAUGAGAGCAAGGUUCAAGUGGAAGAGAAAACCCAGUAGAUACCUAUGUUUUGCUAUGAGCCACUGCUCAAGAGCUAAGGUAUUAGCAAAAGCGACAGGUAUUUGUCUGCUGUGUGUGCUUCUAAAAUAUAUUGGUAGCGUAGCUUGUAGACCAGCCUAUUUUCAAUAUGUACAGUUCUCCAAAAUACCAUAUUGCUGCUAAAUGAGUUACAAAGAUUAAUGACCCUGAACAAGCACAAUCUUAAGAUAUUAGCAACUGCUCUUAUUUUUCACACAGAGGACCUUAAUAUCAAGACUCUUCUCAGUCCUUGGCCCUUGGGGACCAAGAUCAAAACACUUUACAUCUAAAAGCUGGACUAGUGUAAGAUGAAACACAGCAUCUCUUGGGGGGGGGGUGAAACACCUGAAGUGGCCUUAAAACUAUUCUUUGACAAUGCUAGGUCUGGGCCCUUGCACCUCUUACUCCUCUUUUAUUUUGAAAGACUCUUUGUCCUUAGCCUUUCUCAUUCCUAUGGGCAGCUUUCAAAUUCACAGCCUUUUCCCAUUUCAUACACAAGGCCCUUUCACAGUUCAUGCUAUGAUUUCACUUCAACUAUCUCAGCUGCAUCCUAUGCAAUUUAGGAUUUGCAGUUUGGGGAGGCACCAGAACUCUCUGGCUGAAAAAUUCUAAAUACUCCCUCUAGACUUGUGACAACCUUAAGGUGACAUGAUUUGUUCAGAGCCUUCCUCUGAGGUUGCGAGUAUGUGAUUUGCCCAAAGUGGGUUUCCAUCACUGAGCAAGGAUUCAAACCCAGAGCUCUAGUCCAACACUCAGACCAAUAUACUACACUGACUCAUCUUUGGUAAUAUCAGCUAAUACACAAUUAACAUUAGUUCCUUACCUUGGGGGAUGGGGAAAAUGAAAGUCUCUAGGCAACAUAAUCUCAUGUAUGAUGGAUUAUUGACAAUAAUGGCCACAAUAGAAGAAGACUUGGAAAUGCAUUUUUUAAAUGACAGCCGCAUACGUGCCAAGCUAAGGGAUUAAGUUAUUGCAGUUCUCCAAAGAAAAGCAAACGGAUCCUUCACAAGUAGAAAUGUUUUUUGGGGCUGGGGCAGUAAGAGGUUUCAAUGUCUGGGCUCAGAUCCUUACUUAACCAUGAAACUCACAGGGUAAGCAUGGUACAGUCAUUGGUUGUCUGAUCUAGUCUACCUCACAGGAUUGUUGUGAGGAUAAAAAUGUGGGUUGAGGAGAAGCAAAUCACAUAUGCCAUCUGAGGUGAAAAAAAUCAGGGCACAUCUAAAAAAUUAAAGUAGGGCAUCAUAGUAGGUCUGAAAAAGUUGUGGAUGGAUACCCUGUCACUCAUAGGAGAUUUUAAGCAGUGAUUAACAGUGGUUCCCAAUCUGUGGGUUGGGACCCCUUUGAGGGGUCCAAUGGCCCUUUCACAGGGGUCACCUAAAACUGUCGGAAAACACAUAUUUGCAUGUAGCAAUGAAAAUAAUUUUAUGGUUGGGGGGGGGGGGUCACCAGAACAUGAGGAACUAUUAAAGGGUCGCGGCAUUAGGAAGACUGAGAACCACUGAAUUAGAAGAACAUCUAUCAGUUAAUAGGUUUGGUGCAAACUAUGGGAAACUCUGUGUCUGACCCAGUCCUAUAUCAUCCCCCAAAUGCUGCACAUUUUAGGAAGCUAUGUAGCAUUCAGCAGAUUCUUUCUAGCUCAGGUUUCAGUUAACCCUUUUUUUGCUAGAUAAUAAUUGAAACUGUGAACUAAACAUAGCUUAGAAAUUCAGACUUUGCACAAGAAAAAAAAACUGUCAUGAUUUUAUCCUCCAACCCUUCUCUUUUCUUUGAUAUUAUACAAAGAGCCCAAGAACCUGAAGCAUCUUCUAGAAUGUGAUUCUGCAAGCUUCUAUAUAUCAAAAAGACUGUUUUUAAUGUAUUGAAUAGAUGUAAUAAAACAUUUUAG